AACAACAAGAAUCACAAGCCGGUCCUUUGAAACAGCUAAGCAGCCAUGAAAUCUCAGACAGCUCUAAUUUGCAUAGUUAUAUUUUCCUUCUUCGCUAUGCAUGAGUGUGAGAGAUUGGAGGCUAUAGAGAAAGAGAAUUCGAGAAAGAUCUAUGUACCACCAUGUUACAAAACCAUUUGCUCGUUCACGCUUAAAAAGGAUUGUUGGUGCUGCUUCGAACCUGUAGUUCACAAAGAUCUUUGUUGGGGAGUAAAAGACUAUCCGAACGCCAAAGAGCUUUGCUUCGAUGAAUGUUCAAAGAAGAUUUAAAAUCCCUUUAAUUAGAGAAUAAUAAUGUACACAUUGUUUCGUGUAGAAUGAUUUAUUGGAUUAAAAGAAGAUAAUCUAAUUAUAAUCUUUUCCUCUUGAGUGUACCGGAAGUUAUGUGUUUGAAUCUGAAAAAAAGUUAGUGGUCACCUUUUCAUUCUCUUA